AUGGUUAAAACUGUGGUAGUGUUACAUGGUACAAACUGUGCUGGUGUUAUCGCUGGAGCUGCCAACAAUGGUAUCUGUGGUGUUGGUAUCGCUUACAACGCCAAGAUUGCCGGAAUUCAGUUAACAUCGUCUGGUAUUCCUGAAGACUCAGUUCUUGCUCGAGCAAUGUUUCCGUUUGAUGGUCACGGAAUUGAUGUUUUUUCCUGCAGUUGGGGUCCACCUGACGUAGGCUUUAAAGUGCAGGGCCCAGGGCCUUUAACACGGCGUGCUUUCUUAAAUGGCGUAAUAAAGGGACGAAAUGGUCGCGGAUCGCUGUAUGUUUUCUCAGCUGGAAAUGGAGUUCUCUUUGGGGACAACUGUGCUUUUAAUGGUUUUGUAAACAAUAUUCACACAAUUGGUGUUGCUGCUCUGGACAAAAACGGAAAACCAAUGUUAAGUUCUGAGCCAUGUAGUGCUGUUAUGACGGCUGCUUUCGCCGAUAAUCUGGAAACUGCAUCUGCUUCCAAUGACCAAGCAUGCUCUUCAUCUUUUGGUCAAACAUCUGGUGCAGCGGCUGUGGUCUCUGGAAUAAUAGCUCUUGGUCUGCAAGCUAGUUUCAACUGGAGCUGUCGUUGGUGUUGUCUUGGCAGGUGUCUUCGUGUUUUGUUUGCUCGUUGCUUUGAGUCUUUACUGCAUAAAGCGUAUUUAUUCAAGAGAGAGCAAUCCUGUUGACAUCGUCAUGGAAAGUACGCAUGUACAUGUGUGAAG